AUGGAAGUUCAGUGUGCCGGCCGAGGAUUGCGUAAGAUGCAGUUGAAGGUUCUACACUUGGAUGAUACUGUACACACGUUUCAGCUGUCGGUUCACGCAACGGGACAAGAACUUCACGCUUCCAUGGUCGAUCGGCUUCAUUUGCUCGAAUCCGACUACUUUGACUUGGAAUACGUGAAUGACGAGGGGAUGCGCGUAAGUGUUCAGACCUCCGGGUACUUAUUUGCACUACAAGUCAAACGCGAUUUGGUCACGGGUACUUUGCUCUGCAGCGAGAACACUGCUGCCCUACUUGCGUCAGGACUGUCUCCGUCUGAGGCCGAUCUGGCGCUUCUGGACACCGCGCGAAAGGUGGAAUUCUACGGACUGCGUCUUCACUUUGUUCGUUGUUUCCCCGUUCAGAAUCAUGAAGGCUUGGGUCUCAACCUUGCAGUCAGCCACUUGGGUAUACUGGUGUUCCAAAACCUGAUUCGAAUCAACACCUUCUCUUGGGCCAAGAUUCGAAAGCUCAGUUUCAAACGUAAACGCUUCCUGGUCAAGCUUCAACCGGAACGAUUCGUGAGUGACGAUUUUCAGUAUUUUUUUGGGGGGACAAGUUCAUUUACAGUGAAAUCGAAAUUAGGAGACCAACUACACGGUUUACGUCUGUGGUUUUCCUCGAAUGGAGCAAUAGUUCUCAUUCGUCCUUCAACAGCACACACUGGCUGUGCCUUUUCUUUUUCGUACUUCACAUUGUUCGUUCUUUCUUUCCCUGUAUCUUCUGAUGUAUUGUCUUGGAUUCUAGGUAUACCGGACGUACGGAACAGGAGUUGCACGAAUACGUUCAAGAGCACGGAGAAAACCGAAUCAACUUUGAGAGGAGCCCUUGUUUUUUUCGCGCAGCUCUACAUGUCUAGCAAAUUGAAAUUAACGGUGGGAAAUGCGGAGUUCCUGGGAGAGGAAUUCGAGUUGUCUGACUCCUCAGGGAAAAAUCGCAAAAGUGUCAAACGUCUACUGGAAUUUGCAGUCAAGAAUUACUGUCUUAAAUUACCGUCUUCCGCCAGACGAGCUUACUCAACCCUCCUGAGUGGUUCAAGCUACACAAGUAAACGACUGCAGACAGCCUCUCUACAGCUACGCUCCUCUUCCGCCGACCGUCGUACUGCAACCAUGUUCAGCAAUAACCUCGGGGUCAGUCUGACGAAUAGUCUAGGUCAUUCUUCCGGAUUAAAACGUACACAAAGCGAAGGGACGCGGCCAGCUGCCAACGACUCCCAGGAAGAAUCCGCGGUAAUGGUUAGUGGGAAAAGUAAUGCCGACGAAUUACCUGAGGCGCCCACAAGUGGCUACGUAACGACCACAGAGAGUGCCGGAAGUAGACAAAGUACUGAUGCCAACACUGUGCCAGAGACGGAAGAGGACAUAGCAACGAAUAUGGAGAGACUGGAGGGCGAACAGGUUUCUGAAAUGGACCCGCUUCGAUGGAUAACAGAAACCUACCGACGUAUGACUGGAGACUGGACUGGUGACGGUGUGCUCGCCGAAGAAAAGCAAGAUACCUCCAUGGUAAUGCGACGGGCCAAAUCUGCAGCUGGAUCGCCUAGGACUAGUGGAACAGCUUCUUUGGGCAGAUUGGACACUGAGUUGGACAGCUUGUUGCUGCAUCAACAACAAGGAGCGCCGACUGUUCAGAUCGCCGCGGCAGACGAUGACGGUGCGCUAACACAUUUUCUGCUUUUGAGUGAGAUAAGCAGGACCAUAGUUCCCGGAGCGACAAUACAAACCGGACCGGAAACAUCCCAGUCUGAAAGACAGGGAGAUACAUCAGUGCAAGUUUCAAGCCCCACAGAACAACAGCAACAGCAACAACAAGCAUCAGAUAUCCUGUCUGACUUGACUGGCGCCGUUUUGUUCUCUGGCGCAGACAUUUCUGACCUAGUGAGCCGAGUAGUCUCACCCUAUCCGGAAUUGAGUUCAGAGCGCGAAGAGAUUCGGGUAUCCUCUUCGCUUUCCACCACACAACCCGAUCUACUCAGUCAAGCGGAUACGGGCUUGUCGCAAAGAGGUUUCGCUCAUCCGGCGACGGACCUUUUCGGGGACACACACCGGAUUGCUGCAUCGUUGGCCGAUACUGGUACACAGCAACCUAUUGGGUCCGAAGCUGCUAGUGCUGUAAGCUCGUUUCUGACGCAACCUACUGGCGCGCAAAUUCAACAAACUCCAACUGAGUUUCUCGAUGAUCUGAAUCUACGCGCCGGACAAAGCGCCGUAUUCAUAUUGCCCACAGUCACACAAUACGGUUUGGAUAUCAACAUCGAUAGAAGUCAGCAGCAGAUUCGUUCGUUUGAUCCGACCCCAGGUGAAGCAGUUUCUAGCACUCUCCCGCCCCAUCACUCGGAAGCAGAACCAACAACCCAGUCAAACGUAGCGAGCGAAUCGAUCGCACUUCAGAACUAUUCGCUCCAGUCAGGUUUCCCCUACACCCAAACUUCGUGGUCGACCGUCACGCCCGCUUAUUCGGUCCCCUCGGUACCGGAACCAGAUGGCAGGAAAUUUGUUCUGGCCAGUGUUCAUCCGGAACCGCUAACGUACGGGGCGGGUCAGACAGCUGCUCCACUGAAGAACAAAUUCCAAGGCCGUCAGCCAAAGAGCAAUCUUGGCACGUCACUUCUCUCUAGUCGGUCGACCAGUCAGAUCCCGGCAAGUGGGGUCUCAACUACCUCCUACCCAUUCUUCCCAAGUGAUCCUGUCGAGGUCAGACCAAGUCGACCAUCUAUCGAACCACUUCAAGCCGCUCCGUUCGAUCGUUGGAGUUCCAGCGGAUCUGACAGCACAACCGGUGUAAUCCUAAGACCGGAGUCGUCAAAAACCGAACUCGGUGAUGGCAACAUUCGCACAAACUCAUCUGGAUCACUUCUUCGUCAGCACAAAACCGGUUGCCCGCACGCCUCCGUUUCCACGCGACAAUCACAGCCCAGCAUGCAAGUCACUUCAGCGAUGAGUAUCACCUCAUCAAAUCAACUACCCGUUCUUCCAGUGGACACUUUACCGGCGAGACCUUCACAUCAUAGAAAUAUGCUGGCUCAUACCUGUGGACAGUCCUCGAAUUUAUCGCAUUCCAUACCGUGUGAUGUACACCUUAGUGGGUUACACGCCGAAAUGCGUAGGAUGGAGGCUUACCGCCAUCCAGGUGGGAAAGACUCAGACGUGAGUAAGAACACAAAGAAAACAUCAAACGAACGUCAACUGCGGCGUCCCUAUCCAAGAGGCUACCCUUUUGGUGGUGGCGGUGAACACGCUCACCCAGAUGUGCUACCAAUGGAGUUGACCGAUAGUGCAGCAGCUGAAAUGCUUGAAGAGGUUCCAUACGUGGUGAUUCGUCGUCCAAGAUCUGUGGAUGUGAAACAAUACCAACUGCAUUUGCAACGACAACAACAACAAGCAGCUGCUAUGGCGGCCGCAGCCGCCGGCUAUCCGUUCCAUCCAGGCGCACCUCCAUUUUUUGGUGAGUCUCAUCAUCAUCAUGCGGCGGCCGCGGCCGCGGCUGCAGCAGCAGCUUACCACUACGGUGGCCGAAUGCCUGUAGCGCCUCCGUUCACGUACGGUCCAAUGCCGACUGCCUAUCACCAUCAUCACCAUCAGGCUCCAGUUGCACCUGGCCGAUCAGAACUACCGCCUGACAUCAAAUGUGGCCGUUCGGGAAAGCAUCAUUCUGUCGGUCCUGGAGAUCCUCGUUUAGACGCACGCCAGGAGCGUGCUCGUCAAGCACGGCCGUCACAACAGGCAAGUCACUAUCACGAAGGCCCUCCGGAGGGACUCGAUCCCUAUGCAGCUGUAGCACCAAUGCAUCGAGAAAAGUGCAAGGCGAAACGAAAGCACUCAAAAACGCCCGAAAGCUCGAUGGUGAAAGAGUAUGACGCUAAUCGAUCAAAGCGCCAUGAAAAACCGGCAACAGAUGCCGCGCCUGCUCCAGAUGAUGUACUCCAUCAUCACGCACAGUGUGUGCAUCGACGUCGCCUCAUGGAUCCGAACCUACCGGAGGAGAGUACGGAAAAACGUGCUGUUAUGCAAGCAAAGCGACACAUACGCCCAAAACCAACCAGGCCAACGAUUGAUUCUGGUUCAAAACAACCUACCACAAGGACUGGCUCCGCAGGCCGUUCUCCAUCACGAACAAAAGACGUGCCGGUCCUAGAAGCCGGUGACUCAAGACAGAAAAGACGAACGGCAGAACCAGUGGAUGAUAGUCGAGAGACCGAAGUUCCAUACCCUGUAUCAGAGAUUUUCUUCUCCCCUUCACGCGGAAGUGAACCUGCUGACGCUCGUCAAGGUAAACUGUCCUCAGCUACACGCCAUCAUCACCAUCAUCAUCCUGCAUGUGCAUCCUUGAUGGGUCGAGCACGAGCCAGUCAGUUGCAGAAACAACUUCCAAAGCCGGCCAAAAUAGUCCCUUCCGAUGCUGCAUUGGCUUCAUCAUCAGUUCCCCAAUUACAACGCAGUCAACUGAGGGACGAGACUGCGCCUAAAUUGUCUGCCCGAAGCUGGGCUUCAGAUGACAAAUAUCCUUUGGACCGGGGUUCCAUUGUACCGCAAGCUCGUGCAGACCGGAUGAGUAGAAAACAAGAGGACUCGGCAGUCAGACCAGUUAUGUCGGAUACACGGGAGACCAUAGAGAAGCUACGACAAGAACUCCGUUCAGCUGGAUUUCAGGUAAAGGACACUCUUCCAAGUAGGGCAGUCACCGAUUGGGGACGACCUUCAUCCAUGGAGUCCGGGCACCAGCCCACCGGAACCAAACCGACAACCAAGCCGUCGCACAGGCCAGUGGAUAAGACAAGUCCAUCCCGACAAAAACCAACCGAAGUUGCUCAUGGCUUUAUCGAAUCACGAAAACCAACUGGUACACCCAGUGACGUCACCAAACCGGACAAACCCGUUGCUCAGGCUGCAGAUUCAUUGGCCACUGCCGGAGGAGUUGAUCUGCCGUUUGGAGGUCCACCACGCAAUCCAGUAUAUUUAGACUCUGACACGGACUCUGAUGAAGUUUCCAGACAACGUAAAGAACCCGAUGCGGUAUCCAGACCACAAGAUUCCCAAGAUAUUUUGAGGGAACCGUUGUCAACGACGGCGUCUACAAUGGAAACAAUCGAGGCACCUGCUGGCGGUCAAGAAGUUGAGUUGUCCGUGGAUGUGCCAGAACCGGGACAUGUCCAACCAGCCAUAUCACCAAGGUCACCCUCACCGUCGUUGCCGCUGUCAUUUGUACCAUGCGACGGUGCGGAUGAUGAGACAGACGUAUCACUGGGGUCUCAAGCAAGUCUGCUUAAUUCACCGGAUUCGGCUUCCUACUGUUCCACAUGUGAUCGAGUUGACAGUUACGGUAGCCUCAGUCCGUCUUCGUCCCAUUCCUGUUGUCAUUCGCGCCAUCGUAGACGAUAUCAUUCAUCCUGUCACGGACAUCGUCGUCGUCGUCAUCAUCAUCAUGGACAUGGUCAUCACGAUCACUAUCAUUCUCAUCGCUACUACCACCGAAACUACACAUGCCUAUGUCAUUCCUGUGUGUCACACCAUCACCGGCGGCAUUUGUCAGACCAACGAAAUGCAUACCGUGAAUCGCGACACCAUUCGGUUAAACCCUACCGUGCGUCACAUCGGGUAGGCUCCUCACCUCGCAGACACCAAAGGUCUUCCAGUGACAGGCGACACGGCUAUGGGACUUCGUCCAGCGAACCGAGUGAACUGUCUUGGACCAAUAGUCUUUCGGAAUCGUCUGCGCAGGACGAGAUUCCUGGAGAUCAUUGGAUUGAAGAUGCGCUGACGCUUGAAAGACGAUCGAUGAUCGUUGAGGAGCUACUUAUGAAAGAACAGAAACUUCGGGCACAAAUAGCAAAACAUCGGGCAUUGGCAUACGAAUUGAAGCAGACGAGAGAACAAACACAAAAAUUAUUGGGUGCUGAACCUAGACGACAGGCCGGUAGAUUUGGACGAAAGAGCGAGGUGGCGAAUCAUUCAAAGGAGAAAGGCAUGGAUGAUUCUGUGCGGUCCACAAGCAAGAAAGAACUUGCAAGUGAAGCGUCUUCACACAAAGGUUCAACAGCAGUAAGUCGCCAAAAGGAAGGUGUUCCAACGAAAGAGGAUAAACAUUUGGAUGACGGUCGUCCAGACGGAAAACACGGAGUGAAAAAAGAUGAAAGAACUGGAACAAGGCAGUCACACGCAGUGCGGCCAGCUCGGCACUAUCGCCACCUGCAUCCCAACCGAAGGCAUCCUGGCUCAAAAUCAUCUUCAAGGUCUCCACGUGACAGAUCUACUGACCUAAGGGACAGUUUUUUGGAAAACCAAGCAGCAGCCAAUUACCAAUUCGCUUUCCUUGUAGCGGUGCAAGAUGACUUUGUCAUUGAGAACACAGCGGCUCUGGCUGAUGGUGAUGGAGAGUUCGACUCACCUGAGAAGCCAAGCGUGGAUCUGAAGGACGAAACACAGACUAAAGUUGUCGAGGAUGGGAAGGGGGAAUCGGCAGAGGAACGACAACCUACGCAGAUGACCCUGGCCACCAUGGAACUCGAGGAUAUUGAAGAAAACACUGUAUACCCAUCGGACAUUGAACUACAAACGACUUCAUUUGUGCAAUCGGUCGAACCCCAACAGGCAUGCAUGUUGAGCACGGGCACUAUCACUUCAGUAGAAGUUACCGAGCCCCCGCAGCCACCACCCACUGCGCCACCCCUUGCAGCUUGUAUCAGUUCGACGGUGGAUACUUCCCCCUCAGAUUUUGUCACGACAUCGGGUGAACAGGUGGCGCAAGCGAUGGAGACAGCUGGGGAGUCAAUUGAGACCAAACCAAAGCCACAAUUAUCUUCCAUAAACCAACUCAGCGACCUUGACGCUAGUGCGGACCAGACAGACGCUGAUAGUGAAUACGACGGUACUCAUGUGAUCAACAUGCUCUCGGAGAUUAUUGAGAAUUCACUGAGCGAAAUGCGACUAACAGACUCUCAGGAUCAACACACAACUGAUGGGUCAACGCAAGCCUCGUCUGUCUGUGAUGACCUUCAUACUUCCGAAGCUAGUAUGGAAACAGUCAAGGCUGCGCACUCACCCACCCGGCUAGGGUCACCUUCGAAUUCGUCGACCUCUGCCAGUGAGGGUAGUGAAGAUAUCGAACCGUUUCCCCCACCACCUCCAGAAUCACUGGUGGAUCUCUAUUUGGCACAUGAUGGAACAUUGACUCACACGCAUCACUUAUUCGCUGGAGCGUUGGAUGAAGUAAUCGAAGAGGAAUGUGCGGCUGAAGAACCCGAGUCCGAUGUAUGUGGCACAACCGUCCAAUCUGACGCAGAUUCAACUCUUGUCGAACGAACAACUGAUGAGGAAAAGCAAGAUUCAAGUUCUCCCGAACCCAAAGUUGGGGAAAACCUGACUGAUGGCGAACUUACAAUUCAGGUUGAAGUGAAUGCCGAAGCAGCAAAUGAGCAAGCCAGUAUAGAAUUAGAAAUCAGUGCGAACGAAGCAGAGCAACAAGGCUCGGCUCUCGAUUCAGCGCAAGCACCCGGAGAUGUGGCCCCUGAGGAUGUUCAAAUGAACAAAGACAUAAACAGAGACACUGUUAUGCCAGAGAAUUCAGCACAUCAAUCAGAAGACGUUGAUAAUGGUACAAGAGAAGAGGCUGAACUACCCUCAGGACUAUGGCCUGUGCGCCUUUCCCUGUACCAGUCAACGAUGAACGGGAUGUUCAAUUUCUGGAAAACGUGGAGUAGAAGAGACGUGUGUGCACUACAUAUCGUUUGGACGACAACUCCGACAGGUAACCGUCGUACUAUUAAGAUAGCACACGAAGACUCUACUAUGACCAAUGUGAACAUGGACGUCAGAAAAUUUACCUUUUUCUGGGGUAGAAAGAGAAGAGAGGAGCCAAGUGGGAAUAGUUCUAAUGCUCAGGUGUUCCGAUCUCACUCCCCGUCUCGCAAGAUGGCAAGACGGCGCAAGUUGUUAGAGCGUGAUUUUACUGACUGGAAGGUCCGUGGUUCGAACCCGACCUCUGCCUCUCGACUUUCCCUGUCUAGGCUUGGACAACCUGGCAGCAUCCCAGCCCUCGUACAACCUUCGGGCGGCAUGGCAGCUAGACAGCUGAACGAACCACAAGAUCUCUGCCAAUGUAGACAUUGGGAGACACGUCAACGAACUACGGAUGAACGACCGGAAACUGGGCUUCUACGGAUAUGCUUUAUACAUCGUAAUGGCCAUAACUCACAAAAUGAUGGACUGUUUAUCGAGAAUGGUAAUGCAUUUGCAUUUCCCGCCAAACACCAUUGCUUUGCGGUUAGGUUUUUGAGCCAAAUGCUUUCGUUGAGAACCCAAAUCGUCCUUCCUCCUAGGUGUGAGCGCCCUGACGGUAUCCCAGCAAACGCACAAUCAUUAUACCUACGUCUAACAACAAACUCAUGCCACAUCGGCCGUCGCGUGGUGCCAUCAGCCGAGUCACCUUACUCGCUGAAUACAGGCCACUGCUGA